AAUGGCGUCAACUUGGAUUUUGACGGUGGUGAUGGUGUUGGAUCUGAUGGCGUUGGCUCUCGCAGUUGCAGCCGAGCUGAAGAGGAACACGGCUACAAUCCACGUGGAUGCAGGAAUGAACUACUUGUACUGUGUGUAUGGGUCUGACAUUUCGAGCGGCUUUGGGGUGGGAGCUUUUCUAAUCCUUAUGGCUAGCCAGGUGCUUGUAAUGGUGUGGACAAGGUGCUUCUGCUGUGGUAAGGGUGUGUGGGCCCAAGGUGUGAAAUCAUGGCCCCUUGUGCUCUUCAUCACUUGCUGGGUCGUGUUUCUCACUGCCGAGGCGUUCUUGCUGUUUGGUUCUUUGAGAAAUGCCUACCACACCAAGUACAGGACCAUUUUUGCACUCGAUCCUCCUAACUGCAAGACAUUGAGGAAGGGCGUUUUCGGAGCAGCAGCGGUCUUUAUCUUCUUCACCAUCAUACUCACCAAGCUUUACUAUGUUUUCUACUCCAAGGCCAAUGACAUGGGACUUGAUUCUGAUGAAGUGAUAGGCCCAUACGAGAAGAUUGAUUCUGCACCAUCCAUGCAAGUUUCUGAUGAAGUGAUGGGCCCAUAUGAGAAGAUUGAUUCUGCACCAUCCACCCAAGAGAAGAUUGAUUCUGCACUAUCCAUGCAAGAUUCUGAUGAAGUGAUGGGCCCAUUCAAGAAGAUUGAUUCUGCACCAUCCACCCAAGAGAAGAUUAAUGCUGCAUGUUAGAAGUAAUAUAUGAAUUGAACUUCUCAAAGUCCAUAGAUUCCAUGGUUAAUUUACUCAAUAGUACAACCAUGUAUAUAUAUGAUGUGAUUGAAGAGUUUUAGGUGAUUUAGAAAUCCUAAGUCUUUUUGAUGUUUUUAGAAGUCAUAUAAUUAGAUGCAUGUAAGUAUGGAAUUUUCAUACUUAAUUUGAGUUACCCAUCUUUUAUCUUGUAACUAGUUUUCUAUAUCAAAACAAGAGUUUGUGAUUGA